CAAGCUUGUGCGCACGCGCGGUGCAAAUCGGGCAGAGGACGCAGAUUAGCCUUUAGGGUGGGAGACCGGAAAAAAACUCGCUGAGCGUCAAACACAAAGAAAUGGCAGCAAUCCGUAAGAAGCUGGUGAUAGUCGGAGAUGGGGCUUGCGGAAAGACCUGUCUCCUCAUCGUCUUCAGCAAAGACCAGUUCCCCGAGGUCUAUGUGCCUACAGUGUUUGAAAACUACGUGGCCGACAUUGAAGUGGAUGGAAAACAGGUUGAGCUGGCCCUGUGGGAUACAGCCGGCCAGGAGGACUAUGAUAGGCUUCGUCCGCUCUCCUACCCAGACACUGACGUCAUCCUGAUGUGCUUCUCGAUCGACAGCCCCGACAGUCUUGAGAACAUUCCAGAAAAAUGGACUCCUGAGGUGAAACACUUCUGCCCCAACGUCCCCAUCAUCCUGGUGGGCAACAAGAAGGACCUGCGUAACGACGAGCACACCCGGCGUGAGCUGGCUAAGAUGAAGCAGGAGCCCGUCAAACCAGAAGAGGGCAGAGACAUGGCCAACCGGAUCUACGCCUUUGGAUACAUGGAGUGCUCCGCCAAGACGAAGGACGGAGUGAGGGAGGUGUUUGAAAUGGCCACCAGGGCGGCGCUGCAGGCCAGAAAGGGCAAGAAGGGCACUAAAUGCCUCCUACUGUAAACGGACAGGACUCUACGCUCAUUCUGUGGGGGAGAGGAAGGAAGGGGGAGUGCCAGUCCCCCUCCCGGUUCCUCGGCCUGAAAUGACUGUGCUCAAAUGUAAACCGCUUUUUAUUUUAACGUCUUUUAAAACCAGUACAACUAGUUAUAUGGAAGUUUUUUUUUUGUCAGUAUUUAAAGAGGCAGAAUAAGGAGCAAUGCCGUUUAUUGUACCUUACACAUAAUUGAAUUUGCCAUAUUAACUUGCGCCGAGCCAUCGGUAAAAUGGGUCUGCCAGUUGACGUUCCGAGUCGUGUCUGCUUAACCGAGCUACUCGUAUUGGUGCAUUUUGUCAUUCACUGUGACCUUUAGCCCAUGCAGUUAUUUCGGAUUUCAAAUAUGCAAUGAAGACGAAAAAGAUGAUCAGGACCAACGUGCAAUACAGAAAACAUACGCGCGUCUGUGUGUUUUCUGGAAUGCAUACACUUGGACAAGACUUGAAACUCUCUUUUUUCUUUGGUGUUUUU